AUGUCAAACGACAUCGGUAGCGUGAGGAACGUUAACAGGAAAGACAAAGUAAUCGCUCUUUCUAAAUCUAUAGAGCCGACUCUGCGUACGCUGGCAUGGCUACUUCCUGGCCGCUUCGACGAUUCAGAGUUAGUAGCCGAGAUGAUCUUCAGCUCACUCAACAUGCUCACACAAUCACAAGAUGCGCACUCUGCGAAGCACUCUCUCAACGCACACAGCAGAUACACAUCCUCCAACUGGGGACGCCUGCACGCCCUAUCAGCCAAGCUGCUUUCCUUGACGACCUCUCUGCAGCUCCUGGGCGAGAUAGUGAUGCACCGGCGAGAAAAGCGCGAUGAGCAAGGUCGAUAUGCGCGCCAUCGAUGGAAUUACAUAACGGCAAUUGAAGCGUUAAAGUUUACACUGAAGUUAGUCAUUCUGUUGAAAACGCAACUAAGACCGCUAGUAACGCCAUGCACGCCCUCUCGUGACCAGGAUGUAAGCCUCGAUCCAGAGUGCGAUGAGGCCAAUAGGGGUGUGCGAGGAGCGAGGAGUGUAGUCGAUCUCAAGACCAAGUAUGGAAGUGUCGAUAACUACUUGCAUGCCACUGCGCUCGAUACUGACUCACUCACUCCGCCAUCUGCAUUAGUGAGGCCGCUGAGUAGUGGCGCGCAGGUUUUCUCGGAACUCAUGCUUAUUGCCGAACCUCUAGUGUAUGUUUUGGCACUCAGACGCCAGUUCGCUAGGACACAGACGCGCACUAAACCUUGGAGAACCAAAUCCGAAUGGACACCGCUACUUCUAUCGCUUUCCAUGUCGGUAAUGAGCAGACAGCUGCGCAAGUAUGGUCAUAAGAGCAGGAGCGGUGUGUCGCCAUACUCGUUUGACGUCAACAAGUCAAGCAUUGAGGCUAAUGAACAGAAUAGACGGGAGCAAUCAUUUAUUAGAUACUUGCUUCGGGGUCCUAUUUGGCACGACUUCACUAAACCGCGCGUCGAAUCAGUCGUUAGCAGGCUGCAGAAUUGGCCACUGGUCGGUAUUGCAGCAGGCAUCGUCGGCGACUACAUACCUCUCAUUGACGAUUACCACUUCUAUACUUCGCAAUAG